GGACGUAUCACAACACAAGUUGAAACACAAAGAAGAAAAAAUGGGUUCCUCUUUGUGGACUUGUCUGAUUUUGUUAUCACUUGCUUCUGCUUCCUUCGCCGCCAACCCAAGAACACCAAUUGAUGUGCCAUUUGGCAGAAACUAUGUGCCUACUUGGGCCUUUGAUCACAUCAAAUACCUCAAUGGUGGUUCUGAGAUUCAGCUUCAUCUUGAUAAGUACACUGGUACUGGCUUCCAAUCCAAAGGAUCCUACCUGUUUGGUCACUUCAGCAUGUACAUAAAAUUGGUUCCUGGUGAUUCAGCUGGCACAGUCACUGCUUUCUAUUUAUCAUCCACAAACUCAGAACAUGAUGAAAUAGACUUUGAGUUCUUGGGAAACAGAACCGGGCAACCUUACAUUUUGCAAACUAAUGUGUUCACUGGUGGCAAGGGUGACAGAGAACAAAGAAUCUACCUUUGGUUUGACCCUACAAGAGAAUACCACAGAUACUCAGUGCUAUGGAACAUGUACCAGAUUGUUUUCUAUGUGGAUGACUACCCAAUAAGGGUAUUCAAGAACAGCAAUGACUUGGGAGUGAAGUUCCCAUUUAACCAACCAAUGAAGAUAUACAACAGUUUGUGGAAUGCUGAUGACUGGGCCACAAGGGGUGGUUUGGAGAAAACAGAUUGGUCCAAAGCCCCCUUCGUAGCCUCCUACAAGGGCUUCCACAUUGAUGGUUGUGAGGCCUCAGUGAAUGCCAAGUUCUGUGACACACAAGGCAAGAGGUGGUGGGAUCAACCAGAGUUCCGUGACCUUGAUGCUGCUCAGUGGCAAAAACUCACCUGGGUUCGCCAGAAAUACACCAUCUACAACUACUGCUCCGACCGCAAACGCUACCCUCAAGUCUCUCCAGAGUGCGCCAGAGACCGAGACAUUUAAUUUGGCUCAUCAAGAUAUUGGUGGUGUCAAUUAUCCACUGACUUUGCUCAUGAGUAAUCUUUCUGUCCCCAUACAUAUAAUUUAAUAUAAGCUUCCAUAUCCUAUUUUUAUUACCACUACCAUAAAGUUCCCAUCUACUUGAUUUCAUGAAGGCCACACCUAAGUGCUGAUACAAAAUUCAAUUUGGGUUUAUUGCUUGUAUUGCUGAUAAUUUAUAUCAUCAUUUAUUGCUGCUGCUAAUGCUAUGGUAUGUAUACCUGUUUGAGCUAUGUAACAAAAGAAAUGGCAAUGUGCCUUAAUUUGUAUCUGUAAUUCAAUCAAAAUAUACCACUGUUACUAGCAAGUAUAUGUGUUAUGUUAUUAUUGUUA